AUGGCGCUCAGACUCAAGAUCAAACAUUUGGUCAAUUUCUUUAUCGAUAAACUUACCGAUCAUCCUACAGUCAUCGUUGAAGCACUUACCGGUCUUCGGUUUCUUUCUCGAUCACAAGAUUUUCAAUAUCAUGAAAUCCUCGGUUGCUGUAAGGCGAUUUUCACCAAUUUAUCUAAUAAAGAAUUGAAUCAACAUGGUAGAUUACAAAUCUUGAUGUUGAUUGAUGAGCUCUUAGCAAAUCAUCGUCUAGAUUUAAAAUCAAUGGGAGAUGAGUUCAUUGGUGGAUAUUGUAACUUGGUAGAAGGUGAAAAAGAUCCACGUAAUUUAUUAGUAGCCUUCAGACUUGAUAGAGUCAUCUUGACCGAAUUUGAUAUUAGUAGAAAAGUUGAAGAACUUUUUGAUAUUACUUUUUGUUAUUUUCCAAUCACUUUUCGGCCACCACCUGGAAAUCCUGAAGCAUAUGGUGGUAUUACCACAGAAGAAUUAACAGAAGGAUUGAUCAGUUGUCUGGCUGCUACUCCACGUUUUGCUAUUCUUACCCUACCUAUCUUACUUGAUAAAUUGUUAGCUACAAGUAUGGGUCCAAAGCUUCAAGUUCUAAGGACUGUUAUCCAAGCGUUUCCUGUAUACGGUCAACAUGCCGUAGCCGAAUUCGGAUCCCUCUAUUGGGAAGCAUUUGCUACUGAGAUUUUCCAACCCACCGAACCUGAUCAAGAGUUAAUGAAACUAAUCGAACCAGCCUUUCAAACUUUAUUGCGCACAGUUUUCCCUUCGGAAUCAUCUGGACCAAUAGAGCUAAUCAAUCAAAUCUUGGACGUCACUCUUCAUGAAUUAGCCUCACCUGAGAAAUCAAAAGCCGUUCCUGCUGCUUCUCUAAUCGCUUGGAUUAUCACAAGUGGAGCAUCAAAAGAAGAAGUGAUCAAACUUACCAUCAAACGUACCAUCACACUUUAUCUAACUGUUUGGAAGGAUAAUGUGGGUGGAAGUAGUGAGAGUGAUGAGCGAAUGCGUAGAAGAGCUAGUAUCCUAAGUCAUCUGAUUACUUUCUUUACCGCUCUAGCUGAGAUUGUACAAAAAGAUGGUGGUAGUGAAGAACAAAUCCUUGAAGGUGAAACAAGAGAUGAACUUCUUGGAAUCUUGAUCAGUGCUAGUUUACAAAGCUCUGGUGGAUCAGCAACGCAUUUGAUAGUGAGUGGUGCUAUAAGGGCAUUGGUUCAGAUGGUCGAAGUCAAUGGGCUCUUGGGACUUCAGGAAAAGAAGAAUGUGGUGGAUACAGCUACACGAGUAUUGAUGUCAAGUGUAGAUUCUGCUACCCGUGACGCUGCACUCGGUGCACUUGCAGUUUUGGCCUACCUCUCACCCGUGGACGUCUCAACACUCACUAUCGCUCAACUUUUUGCUGAAUUGCCUGAUGCAAGCCCAUUUCCAACACCCACCACUGCUACCUUCAAACAACCAAAAGAUUAUAUUCGAGUAUUGGAAGCACUAGCUACUUUAUGUCAUCAACCGGAUUUAUUUGAAUCUUUCCUUGUUAGAAUCUUAAACCGAAUUGAUUUUGCAUGUUCAGCUGGUUCAAGAUCUGCAGGAGGAGAAAUAGAUGAAGAAGAUCAUAAUUUAUAUGCUCAUCAUCUUCUUUUAACACUUUAUAUCGUUUUAGAAACCAAAACUGAAGAUAAAUCAAUAGGACAAAGCCAACUUGUUUUACAAGCUGAAAGGAUUUUAUUAAGGAUCUUUGCAGUAUUUAUUUCAGAAGAUGAAAUGGUCGGAAAAUCUCUUGCUGUAAAAGAUCAAGGAGAACAUGAAGUUUUGUUCGGUACUCCUGAUGAUCUUGAAUUACUUGUUGUUCGUGAAAGAGUUUCGAUUAGGAAUGAUACUCGAUUGGUUGCCGAUGCAGGUCGGAUCGUCAAUUUGAUGGUCAGACAGAUGGAUUCAAAACAACAACAGGAUUUUGCAAAUCGGCUGUAUGCGUGCUACGAGUUGGGACAAACUGAUGCACUUAUUAAUGGUGCAUUUGAACCAAACUCACCACCGACUGCUUCGAUGGCUGAAAAGCGUUUGUUUAGACCAAUGUCCACUGAUGCGCCAGAGUCAGAUAAGAAUAUGUUGGUGUUAUACUCAGAUGCAUUGAUUGCAAUCAGACCUGAUGUUAUCAUUCCGGGUGAACUGUUGUCAACGACGGAAUCAUUUCCGUUUAAAUAUUAUCGACAUACGCUUGAGAUGGGUGCUUCCACCAAGUUGUUGCCUAUCAAGGCUGGUCUUCGGUUACUCUGCUCGACUGUCAAUAGGCGUUGCAAUGAUUUCCCCCAGUUUUUUGAUGAAGAAUUACCAAGCUUUUGGAAAUCAGAAAUCGAAAUCGGACCCUUAACACAACAUCAACCUAGAAUCUUAGCCAUUGAGAUUUGGAUUUGGAUCAUAAAAGGAUUGAUUGUAAGAGGAGAACAAAGAGGAUAUGAUUUGUUAGAUCGAUUGAUUGAACUUUGGAAUGAGAAAGGUGGAAGUGGAAAAGAAGUGAUUAGGUUUACUGGAUUGAUUGUGGAUGAAGUGGUUGGGUCUAGAAAUUUUGGAGUGGUCAAGUUUUUGUGGAAACAGAGAGCUUGUAGUUAUUUGCUUAAUAAGUUGGUUGAAGCUUAUCAUCGUCGUGAUAAUGAAGAUAAAACGGUUUAUUUGAUUGGACUUGCAAGUCUUUUAGCACAUGUCACACCUCAAUUAAUCUUACCAGAACUAUCUCAAGUCAUUGGAUUAUUACUUGAAGGUUUACAUUUACCUGAAGAUGAAUUGAAAACCAAUGUUUUGAAAACGAUUAAUGAAUUAAUCAUGAAUGAAGAAAGUUAUGAAAUCUUUGAACCUUAUCUUUCUUCAUUAAUUGAAGGACUUUUGAAAACUUUGAAAAACAAAAAUGGAUCAGAAAAUGUAAGGUUAGGAUCUAUUAAGAUUUUAAAUGGUUUACCUAAUCAGUUUAAAGGUUCAUUAACUUUAUGGAACGAAAGGACAAAAGUUUUGAUGGCUUUGAAAGAACUUUUAGAUGAUUCUAGAAGAUUGGUUAGAAGGUUUGCAGUCGAUUGUAGAACUAAAUGGUUUGAAUUGAAAAGUUUGUAA